UUCCACGCUUCCCCCUGUUAACGGCGGAGAAGCAUACCAUUUACUUUUUCUUUUCGGCGAGUAAAAACAGGGGGGGUCUCGAUGACAAGGUAGCCACUGAGCAAAUGGUUGCUUCAAUUAUUGGAAUCAGCGAAGACCCAUCUUUGAUCUCCAAUUCCCUGUUCAUAAAUCCCUUCAAAAUCUUUCCUUUCCAAUCCAAUUUUUUCAACUAUAAGAAUCUCCUCAAGAGAGAAUCAAAGCAUUCCCUUUCAAUGGGCUCCUACGGCCAACAAGUGGUUGUAAUCACAGGAUGCAGCCAGGGAGGCAUAGGCCAUGCACUGGCGAAGGAGUUUGCAGCCAACAAUUGUCUAGUUGUGGCCACAAGCAGGUCUGUGGACUCCAUGAGAGACCUUGAACAAGACCAUAGAUUCUAUCUCCAAGAACUGGAUGUAUUGUCAGAGGAGAAUAUCCAGCAUGUAAUGUCAAAUGUUCUUGAGAAGUUUGGGAGAGUUGAUAUUUUGGUUAACAAUUCUGGGAUUCAAUGCGUUGCCCCUCUUGCUGAAGUCCCUUUAUCUGCUGUGCAUAAAACAUUCGACACUAAUCUCUAUGGUCCCUUAAGGCUUAUUCAAGCUGCUGUUCCUCACAUGGCAUCUAGGAGAAAGGGAAAAAUCGUUAAUGUUGGAAGUGUAACUGUCAUGGCUCCUACCCCUUGGGCUGGUGUUUACACUGCAACCAAAUCCGCUCUUCAUUCACUGUCAGACACCUUAAGGUUGGAACUGAAGCCUUUAGGGAUAGAUGUGAUAAAUGUAGUUCCAGGAGCAAUUCAAUCAAACAUAGGAAAUUCUGCUGUAGCCAGCUACAACCAGAUGCCAGAAUGGAAAUUAUACAAGCCAUUUGAAGCAGCUAUAAGGGAGAGAGCAUAUUUUUCACAAAGAAACAAGUCCACACCUACAGAUGAGUUUGCAAAGAAUACUGUUUCUGCCAUACUGAAGAAAAAUCCACCUGCAUGGUUCUCAACAGGUCGCUACUCCACCAUUAUGUCCAUCAUGUACCAUCUCCCGAUUUGCAUCAAGGAUUUCAUCAUCAGGAAAGUAUUUAUGUCUUGAGCCCUACAGCUUUAGAUGCUCAUCUUUUGCAUGUGUGAGCUUUUUUAAGACAUAGAACAGGUAUGGUAUGUCCGAGUUUGCUUUACGCAUAAGUAUCCUAAAGUUGCUUAUAUUCAGAGAACUAUCAUGUCAUUUAUUUUUUUCACCUUAACAAGCCCUUUGCGUUUAGUUCAAAGCACCAGUCAUUGAGCUAAUAGAGACAUGUUUUCUCUGGUGCAUAGAAAAGGCUCUGUAUUUGAAAUUGAACCCUUGAUAUAUGAUAUAGUAAGAUCUAGACCGCCGGGUUAUUGGCAUCA